AUGAUUUUGGUCAAAUUUGCGUGCGCGAUCAUAACCAGAUCGCUAUUCAUUCUGGUCUCUCUCGUUGGGGUUUGGAGGGUGACAAAAGUGAAAAAUGACAGUAUCUACUGGUUACUGACCUUCCUUCAGUUGCCUCUGGUCGUGGAGAUGUUCAUCACUUUAAAGCGAAGGAAGGGGAAAGGCUACAAAUGGGUAUCAAGGGCACUUUCAAAUAAGCUCCCUCAGUUUCCAAACCAACUGGCUGAGCUGAACAGAGUCAAAAGAGGGUUCUUCAGCAUAGCAAGAUUUCCCAAUGUUGUUGGAGCAAUUGAUGGGACACAUGUCAGAAUCCAGGCUCCAACAGCUCAUGAACAUUUGUUUGUGAAUAGAAAAGGAUAUCACAGCCUAAACAUUCAGGCUGUUUGUGAUUCUGAUCUCCGGUUCCUCAACUGUGUGGCGCGCUGGCCUGGAUCAAUUCAUGACUCUCGAAUUCUUCAAAAUUCUCAACUUUUCCGUGCAUUUGAGCAAGGCAUUAUCGAUGGGGUCCUGUUGGGGGACUCUGGCUACCCUCUAAAACCUUGGCUCCUAACUCCCUUCCUGAAUCCUACUACACCUGCACAGAGAAACUACAACGCAGCACACUGUUCAACUCGUAACACUGUAGAGCGGGCAUUUGGUGUACUGAAGAGGCGUUUCCAUUGUCUACAUGGGGAAUUGCGAAUGGCACCUGACAGAGUGUGUAACAUCAUCUGUGCGACUGUUGUGCUGCAUAACAUAGCGAGGGAUCUCCGGCUACCUGACCCUCAAGGAGAGGAUAUCAGAGAUGACAAUCACAAUGAACUGGAGGACAGAGAAGAUUUAGAGGAGCAGAAUGGAACCGGUCGAUAUGUGCGUCAGAUCACCAUUGACAUAGUUGUUCCUCUCGACACUGAUGUGCAAACCACGGGACCAGCAGCUGUAGCUGAUGCUGAUCCUGACGCUGACGCUGACUCAGACUCUUUAUCUCCCGUCCCCUCCCGUCUCUCACCCGGCUCCUCCUCCACUGCCUCGCUUCGGUCCCAAGUCAAAGACAGGACACAUCAUCAGGAGAACAAAUCCAGUGAUUCUCAGUGUAGGAAAUUGGACUCAUGGGAGAAUAUCAAGAGCAUUGUUGUGCUGCUGAAUGGCACCAUGGAUAAUAAAACACUCAAGGAUCUGGAACGGAUUCUCACCUCUGUUUGUCCGUAUGACUGGAUCCUUGGUCUUCAUCAGGUUCUGCUCAUCCUUCUCAUCCUUGGGAAGUGGCUCCUCCCACUAGGGGGAGGAGUAACUCGUGACGAGCUGUCUCAACUUCUGCUCAUCUUUGUUGGCACAGGAGCAGAUAUUUUGGAAUUCACAAAUGAAACUCUUUCUGAUGUGAAGGACAAUAGUCUGCAGAUGGUGUAUAUAAUCCUGGCAGUGUGGACGUGGAGUAUGUUACAGUUUCCUUUACACCUGGCAGUUGUAACGUCCAGACCGAAGAACUCCGAUGAGCCCAUGGGUGAAGACGGCUGUUGUAACUUGCUCUUGUCAAGACACAGUACAGAUAUUUGGAACAUCGUGGAGAGUUUGUUUAUCCAGGAUGGGCCAUUUCUCAUGAUGCGUCUCAUUGUGAUGAUUUACUUUAAAGUGUUCCACCAGAUGUUGGUCUUUUUUGCUAUCAAAAACAUUCUAGUGGUCAUCCUCAACCUCUACAGACUCAUUGUUAUUUGUCAAGAUUUCAGACCAUCAUCAUCUUCCUCGAUCUAAAAGAAAAGUGAUUAAGUGGAGAUGAAGAAAGGUAGAACAUAGAGUAAGGUGGGAAUCAGGCAGAAAGGAUCGUACAAUUAUAGGAAAUUAAGAACUAUCUUCAAGCAGUUUAAAAUAUAUAUUGCAUUAACUUCCCUAAUAAAUGCAUCCCAUAAAUGUGCUAAAUGUAUUACUAAACAUUUUUAUGAAGGUACUUACUUUGUAUGUUAUGUACUAUUAAAUAGGACCAAAAGCAGACUCAUGCAUAUUUUAGAUCAAAUAUAAAAUAACACUUUUCAGUUUAAUUGUGUUUUAAUAUGCUUUUAGUGUUUUACAAUGAUUUUUAUACUAGUCAGUAUUGUGAAAGAAGAAUUUCUUGUAUUUCAAUUUGUAACAGGCAAACACAAAAUUAUCUGUAGCACACAUUGUGUUAAAAUGGUUGGCUAUACAUGAUUAUUCUCCCAGCAUGUGCACUCGGGUAUUACCCACCGAUAGCUUUCUAAAGGUUUUAGAGUUACUCUGAUCUGAGAUCAGGUCGGUUAUUAGCCAUUUAGUCACUGGAACCUGUAGUUGCACCACAACAGAUCCUAGAUCAGCCUUUCAAGGAAUCCUACAUUUUAACCAGAGAAAGUUACAGCACAUAUAAAUAAUUCUACUUGUAAACCUGUUUGCCUUUCAGUGUUGAAAUA